AUGCUGCGCACGCACGCACCAUCGGAGCAUGACACCUCCACUAUCACUACGGAAGCCGAUACGGUUGUGAACGUGCAGACUGCGCCGGAGGACCAACCGCUACUGGCUCAGGACGAGCAGGACAACGACAAGGAGAAGAAGCCCGUGAAGGCCAAGAAGGCGGCAGUGGCGGCCGCUCCACCCACCAAGGUUUUAUUCCUGGAUGGUAUACGUGGUCUAGCCGCGCUAUUAGUCGUCACGCAACACUCGCACGAGUACAUGCAGGAUUUAAACCUGGGCGCCGUGGCGGUUGACUCGUUCUUCGUCUUGUCGUCAUUUCUCCUCACGUGGCUCUUUAUGAAGAAGAGCAUCCGUAUGCUUGAUCAAGGUGCGGGACUGCGCAAAUGGAUCUUCGCCUUGGCCGACUAUUUCUCCAAGCGAUUCUGCCGAGUGUACCCACUUUUUGCACUCACAUGCAUCGCAUUGUGGUUCAUGGACGACGAGGACAAGAAGCGCUACUUCCUCAUUAAGCAGCCAGAGACGUACGACCUGUUCAGGACUCUGACCUUUGAGUUCGACUACCGUUACUUCGUCUUCUGGACGCUGCCGCUUGAGAUCUCGUACUACUUCUUUAUCCCAGUGUUUGUAUUGGGUGUGCUUAUGCUGCGUAAGCUCUGGUGGGUACCGUUUAUCCCGGCGUACUACUGGGUCAUCACGCAAGGGUGGACCGAGUAUCGCACAAGUCACACGGUAAUGCGUCCUCAUCUCCCGACGUUCCUGGCAGGAUCAAUGGCUGCAGUGCUCUUCGUUAAGCUGGAUACAUGGAUUAAGGCUAGUGGCUUCCAGUUCCGUCUUAUCCAUAAGCUUAUCCUGCGUUUAAUAGGAUACUCGGCAUUAGCGGCGUUUCUGAGCAUUGCCUUCAGUGGUCUGUUCUUCAUCUGGGUCCACGAGAACACGGCACCUAAGACGCCUGGCUUCCCGUUCAUUAGCGUGCUGGUGACCACAGUAUUUGUCUGCGAAAUGCUGCUGCCGUCCCCGCUAUCAUCGAUUCUCGAGUGGAGCUUUCUGCGUUAUUGGGGGAAGAUUAGCUUCUCGGUCUAUCUGCUGCAUAGCUUUGUGCUAUACAACGAGUCAGUGAACACGCAGCCGAAUUACUACUGCAGAUUAUUCUCGCGCUUUGCAAUGCUGUGUAUGCUGGCUACGACAACAUACCAGCUGAUCGAAUAUCCGUCGCAGUUACUGGCUCAGCGUAUUACCAAGGCGCUGAACGAACAGGAAUCCAAGGGCUCAGGAGGUAUGACUGUGUUCUGGGGCGAAUGGGCGAACCCAUCUAAGGUGCUGGCUCAGAGACUGGCAGCGGUGCAGGAAGCGAAGGCCUCGGGCAAGUGGAUGCAACUGCUAGGUCUGAAGCAAGAGACACCCGUCAAAGAGCAGCCACACGACUCAGCGGCUUAA